AUAUAUAUUCAAACAAAUAUUAUCCAAAUCAUUCAUUGGUAUAUAUGUUUUAUCUGUGAAAGUUAAAUAGUCCUUAGCAGAUGAGAUUUUCUUCUUGACACAUUACAAGCAAAUAUUUCUAGAAGGGUUAGGGAAUCAUGGAUGAAAAAAGCAACAUCAAUUGGAUUGUUAAGAACGAUGAUGAUGUAACAGAAGAUUCAAUGAGUUCAUCUUUUUCUUCAUCAGAGAUGGAUGAUGAUGAUGAUGAUGAUCAAGAAGCAUCAUCCUCUUCAACUUCUUGUCUAUCACCUUCAUCAUCAACUUCAUCAUCAUCAUCAAAUUUAAAUGGUCCAUUAUAUGAAUUAUCUGAGCUCAUGAGCCAUCUUCCUAUAAAGAGAGGAUUGUCUAUGUUUUAUCAAGGGAAAGCACAAUCUUUUGGCUCUUUAGCAAAGGUGGAAAGCAUAGAAGAUCUUCGUAAGAAAGAGAGAACAAAUUACAGAAACAAAGUGAAAUCAUGCAAGAGCUUUGGUUUGUGCACUCCAAAGGCAUCAAUAUCAAAGAAAUCUUCAAGAGGAACUUGUUUAACAGUGAUAAGUUCUAGACGUAAAGGUCUAGAUCUUCCAUUUCUGUAAACAAAAUUUUUUGAAAUUCAAUCAUGUAAUAGCUUUUUGUUUUAUUUUAUGCAUAAAUUGAGGAAAUUUUAAAUCCCUCAAAUUUUAGCUUCAUUACGAGAUAAAAUCAUGUUUUUUUCUGAAAUGAAAUGAAAAUAUUACUUAUGGUACAUGCACAUGAUUCAUAUCUUAAUUACUCUUUGUAUCUAAACUGCUAAUUAUCGAUUAAACGGUUUAGAUUGACCCAUUUAAACAAUCACUGUAAAUGGUUCUGGAAUGUCACCAGCAGAAAUUAAAGUUUCAAAGAAUUGUUGCCUUCUUUUCUCGACCAAAUACUGGGCCGAGGGAUCGAUAUUCAAUCAGUGACAGGCUACCGUAGGAUCUAUGUUGUGUAUCUCAUCUAGAGAGAUUGCAAAAAGACUAACAUUGGUUCUGAAGCAUUUGAUGAGUCAUUCCUUCACUAUAGAUGACAAAUAAGCUCCCACAUGGAUAAUCUUGUUGGGUUAUUAUCUAGUUGCACAACUUCGAAGUUUCCAUCUGAUAUCGGGCUAUUGUUUUGGUUUGUGGUGGUCAGCACUCAGCUGAGUUUGUCAUCUUGCAGAGCUUCAUCUUCUCAUGCAUUAAGAUCAAUGGCGGUGAUGGAUGACGCACGAGACUUCUUUCUUGUUCGGUUGUGUGUGAGGGUUCUUUAACAUUGUUUUGUUUAUCAGACGAGCUCCACGUAAAUCAAUAGAGAGGACGACAGGUUUCUUGAAAUAACUGUGAUACUUCUUCUUCAGAUGGAAUGUAGAAGCCAUUAUAUCUAACAUUGCAAGGAAAGAUAUUCCCAAUACAAUUUUAGGUGACUUUCAUAGAUGGAUCAGACGUCAUCGUCUUAUUUCGAGCGAGAUCUUUGUAAUGAAUCAUGAGUUUUGGAAUACUAAGGAUAUGAUUGUGGAAAUUCGUGAGAAUUGGGAGCCGAUUCCCAUUAACAACGCCAGUGUUCUAUUUAGAAACCAUAAAUAGUUGUUGAUGGAGUAAAAUAGGACUUGCAGUCGUAUAUCGACAACUUUACACAUGUAGUUGUAGAAGUGGGGGGUUACGACGAGAGCCGAAAUGCUGGAUUUUUUUAAAUGUUUUGAAGUAGGAUAACUUCUUUUGGGAGAAUUUAGGACGUAAGGAGUCACACAGUUUAAAGGAGCUAUUGAAGAGGACUCAUCCCUUUAUAAAUUGUGAAGAGAAACUCACUGUCGAAGAGGACUCAUCCCUUUAUAAAUUGUGAAGAGAAACUCACUGUCUGGAGAGACAGCCAGGUACCAAUGGACGCAUGCUCUAACAGGUCAUUCGAAAAGUAGUCCAACUGACAUAAAAGAAGAAGGCGACCGUGGGAUGUAACAUCCUAAACCCCAACUCUUAAUUUAAAAGAAUAAUCAACACUUCAUAAUGUGUUACUCAAAAUAAAAGAUGCAUACUAUCUCAAAUAAUUCUCAUACUUGCAACGGAAUUUUAAAUAAUAACAUAACUUCAAUAAUCUCUUCAACUAAAAUACACAAUGAAAAUAA